AAAUAAAGCGCACUUGUGCCGCGGUGCAUUGUGGGUGAGCACGGAGAAUAAAAUGGCGGACUUGGCGAACGAAGAGAAGCCUGCCAUUGCUCCUCCAGUGUUUGUGUUUCAGAAGGACAAAGCACAGAAGAGAUCCGCUGAUGGGUCGAGUGCAGAGGACGGAGACGAUUCAGACCGGGAUGAUGGCGAAUAUUGUCCUCCAGUAAAGAGAGAGCGGACCUCAUCUUUGACCCAGUUCCCACCGUCACAUUCAGUUCCCAAGAAUAAUAUCUUUAUGCCCUCAAGUUUAUGCCAGUCGCCAACUGGUAAUUCAGACUCUGAGCCAGAAGAGAAGCCUGUCGGGUUCAGGUUAAAACCUCCCACGCUCAUUCAUGGCCAGGCCCCAAGCGCUGGUGUUCCCAGUCAAAAGCCCAAAGAACAGCAGCGCAGUGUCCUGAGACCAGCCGUUCUACAGGCGCCGGCAGCCAAAACCCUCACAGAGCCCGUCAAGACCAACUCCAGCUGUGGGACGAAUGGAGUGGGAAAGUUUGGAGAUUCGUCAUCAGAGAACCGAUCCAUUUUCCUGAACAACACAGAGAGUUCGGACAAAUCACCGAAGCGGGAGAAGGAAGGAGAGGAGAACGGAGGUGCACAGAAAGACGACAGCAGUCAGAAGAAGGAUGGUGCGGUGGACUCAUCGUUUGUGUUUGGCCAGAAUAUCAAAGAGCGAGCGAAGUUGGAAGAAAACAGCACGAACAGCGACUCAAAAGACUCCACACAAGAUCCUGGCAGCACCAAUUAUUUUUUGCAGUACAUGGGCAGCUCCAGCUCCAACAAUGCCACCAACAGCUCGGAUAAAGGAUCCAAGUUUGUUUUUGGCCAGAAUAUGUCGGAGAGAGUGCUGAGCCCCCCAAAAGGAGGAGAAGUGUCAGCAGAGGCCAGUAAAGAGGUUUCCGCUCCAGUAUCAGAGCCGUCAUCACAAGAGGCCACACCGGAGAAAAAUCACAGUGUGACAGAGUCUCUGGAGGAGUCAGCGGCCGCGUACACCAAAGCCACUGCCAAGAAGUGCAUUCUGGAGAAGGUGGAGGUCCGUACGGGAGAGGAGGCGGAGAGCAACGUUUUACAGAUGCAGUGUAAGUUGUUUGUGUUUGAUAAGCCGGUUCAGUCGUGGGUGGAGCGAGGUCGUGGCUUGCUCAGACUCAAUGACAUGGCGUCCACAGAUGACGGCUCGUUACAGUCCAGAUUAGUCAUGCGCACACAGGGCAGUCUGCGGCUCAUCCUCAACACAAAGCUGUGGCCUCAGAUGCAGGUGGAUAAAGCCAGUGAGAAAAGUGUUCGCAUCACAGCCAUGGACACUGAGGAUCAGGGCGUCAAGGUCUUCCUCAUAUCGGCGAGCUCUAAGGAUGCUGGUCAGCUGGCUGCAGCGCUGCAUCACCGAAUUCUGGCCCUGAAGAGUCGUGUUGAGCAGGAGCCCGAGAGCACGCCAGCUCCGGCUGAACCCGAGAUCCCGCAGUCCAACGAGGACGACAGCGACGACGACCAACCCGCUAACAGCAACAGCAGCGGCGGCGGCACGGGCAACUCCACCGCCAGCGGUAACUGUGAGACCAGCGAGCCCCCGGCGUCUGAGAGCACAUAGCACCCAAACCUCCGCUCGCCCCCCCCUGCAGGGUUUUAGCGCAGACGUCUCUGCGGGACAGUCCUACAUUUGGGACGGACCCUCAGACGGACACGGAGUUAUCUCUCCCCCCCCUCCCCCCAACAAAACCCCCUCUGUAGUUCAUUUUCCCCCUCCGACAUUUAUUAUUGUAAAUCUGGAGUUGUUUCGUUUUUGUUUUUUUUAUCAUUACGUUGGUUUUUAGUUGUUGUUUUUUUCCUCUUGGACUGCAAAUAAACAAACAAAUUAAAAAGACAACAAAAAAAAAAAGGAAAAAAAAUAAUAGAGACUUUUCCAUGUAUGGCUUUGGACUUGGUCGCUCAUCAUAUUGAUGAGUGUGAGGGUGUUUCUCUCUCCACGGCUCGACAAGACUGCAGUUUCUACAGUGGGACCGUUUUUUUUACUCAUUCUCUCCGUCUCUAUCUCUCUUUCUAUUGGCUGGCUUCAUCGUGACCUUGCCGCGUCAUCACGCUCAUCGGCCAAUCAGCUGGCUAGAGCUGCAGUCACAUGACCUCCUCCUCUCUCUCUCUCUCUCUCUCUCUCUCUCUCUCUGUGUACGCUGUGGUUUCUCCCCGAUUUCUGCCAGUUUGAUGAGCAUCUCCUGGAUGUGUUCACUUUCUAGGGACAAGCUGACACUCUUAAUAGUCUGCUAUAAGAUGGUAGUUAGAUUUCUCAUUGGUGUUAACAAAUAAAGGACUUAACCGGCACACAGACUCGUGCUGUUUCUAGAUCUCGCCGCCCCUGGGAAAGAGAAAGACAGAAGUAAUCACCCAAAUGUCAGUUCUGUUGGGUUAUUUUUUAGCCACGGGAGUUUACCCUUUACAUCUGAAACAUUUUCAAGGAAAAAAAAAAAGCAGCGUUUGUUUUUAUUUUCCAUCUUCUGAGGGUUUGUAUUGUGUUGGCCUUUUUUUAAAAGAAGACACAGAUAUUGGUUUACUACUAUAUUAACUUUUUAUCCAUUUACAUGUGAUUGGAGACAUCCUGUCAGAAUAAUGUGUGUUGGCAGUUUUGAGUGCAUUUAGACAGUAAAAAAAA